UUCGCGGUGCAGACGGGUUCAUUUAGCGUUCGGACAAGCUAGCGUCGUUUUCGCACAAAAACACCGUGCUCCCCCUGUUGUGCGCUGUCUGGAGACACUUUCUGGUUCCGUUUCUUUCCGUUUUUCGUUACGUUGCUCACGAGCGCACAUUUCUUGCCGCGUGUGUUUGUGUGUGGGCGCGUGUGUCGUGCUGUGUGUGUGUGUUUAUGUGUAUGUGAAAACCACCGUGCAGGAAAGGCUUGCUGCUGCUGCUGUGAGCCGGAAACGACGGAGGAAAGCGUUUACCCAGGCGUGCCACGAAACGGUUGUCGGUACGAUCGAUAGUGUUAAAACAAAAUAUUGAAAGUAAAUAAGUGCUUAGUUACGAUACACCUUGCCGCUGCCCGGGGGUACCGAUGGUGGCAUAAUAUUUAUUGAAGAUUAAAGUGUACAAAAGUUCGCGCGUGAAAGGUGCGCAUCCAGCCGGUUAAGACACCCGUUGCGCUCCCGUAUCGUCUGCAGCGAAGGUCGAACCAGAAGCAGCAGUGCCGGUUUAAAGAAGAACUUCCGCCAUCCGUCGUUGCAGUUGCGCAUCCUUUCGCUUCACGCUCACGUUCACCAAAGCGGCGCAACACACGCAACCAUUACGGCCUCAAGAUGAAUGUCGAGAUAACGCCAAACUACUCGUACAUCUUCGACUUUGAGAAUGAGUUCAUCCAUCAGGACACGCGCGUCUGGAUGGUGAAGAACUGGACGUACGUGUUUUACUACUGCGGCAUCUAUAUGGCGGUAAUAUUUGGUGGCCAGUACUACAUGCAAAAUAGACCUAGAUUCGAACUGCGAGGGCUGCUAGCGAUAUGGAACACACUUCUGGCAAUGUUCAGCAUAAUGGGGGCCUGCCGGACAGCGCCCGAGCUGGUGCACGUUCUGCGACAUUACGGUCUUUUCCAUUCCGUUUGCGUUCCAAGCUUUAUUGAACACGACCGUGUCAGUGGUUUCUGGACAUGGUUGUUCGUGCUGUCAAAGCUACCGGAACUGGGCGACACGGUGUUCAUCGUGCUGCGGAAGCAACCGCUCAUCUUCCUGCACUGGUACCACCACAUCACGGUGCUGAUGUACUCGUGGUUCUCCUACACCGAGUAUACCGCCUCCGCCCGGUGGUUCAUCGUGAUGAACUACUGCGUCCAUUCGGUCAUGUACUCGUACUACGCGCUGCGUGCCCUCAACUUUAAGCCACCGCGCUCGAUCGCGAUGCUGAUCACGACGCUGCAGCUCACGCAGAUGGUGGUCGGCUGUGCGAUCAACAUCUGGGCGCACGGUUUCCUGCAGACGGCCGGCAAAAACUCGUGCAACAUCUCCGAGAUGAACAUCAAGCUGUCGAUCGCGAUGUACUUUAGCUACUUCGUGCUGUUUGCCCGCUUCUUCUACAAGACCUACCUCUCCACGAAUGCGCGCAAGGGCAAACGGCCGAUCCAGGUGACCGCUUCGUCGACCGCCACCAACGGCCAGUACGGUAUCGACAGCCGCAACCUGACCGGCAAAUCGGACGUCCAGUCGCUGCUGGCCGGGCAGACUAGCAACAAGAUUAAGGCACAGUAAGGCACACGCUUCCAAGCUCGGACCGACCAAGCCGUCUCCAAAACACUUCUGCUCCAUCGCAAGCGGUCAGGAGCCUCGUCUUCUUCUGUUAACUGCUCUUGCGGAGCCCGUAUGGAGCCGGGCGUUGUGGCAUCGCAAUACUUUAUAUUUCCCCUGCAUUCCGCUUCAAACUGGCAUUGACACGACGGUGGUGGUGAGGAUGCAAGACCGAUCUGGAGCACAAUUCCACUGGCACACGUGCGCGUGUGUCAAUACUCAGGUGACAGGACUCUUGCCACCGUGUUCCAGUUAGUAUAAUGAAGAACAAAAUGAAAACAACACAACCGUUUGGUGGUCGCAAAGCUGCCACCUACCGUUGUUGCUGCAGCUACUACAUGGCGUUUUAAUUUUCCACCCCUUGAACGCCUGAAACGUCUCAACACAACAUCAUCUCUUGCAAAGGCAGACAUACAACAGGACGGAGGGACAAAAAAGCACACAUAAAACGAUAAUGUUAAUUCCAAAAAAGUGUAAAACAUUACUUAUUGGAAGGAAAACAAAACGCAAUAGGAUAAAACUUUUAGCAUUCCUGGUAAACAAAAAAACGUUAAGAAGUGAAGGACGAAAGUGAACGAAAUUAGGUGCAAAUUUUAAAUGGAGGCGGUUUAGUUUAGUUUAGUUUGGUUUGUUCUUUUGCACACAGCAACACCAUAUGCACAUUGAUUACGCAAAGAAAAGGAGAAACACAAAAGUCAACGAUAGGAAGUAGCAAAAGCAAUACUUCUCGGCAAACAGAAUCCUUAAACAUAAAAACAACAUGUUAUAGAGCAGGGGCGGAAGAUCAGAAAACUGACGAUGAUUUAAGGACGAACCACUAUUACUACUACUGCUAAACACUUACGAAGGACGACGAUUUUUUUUCUUCUUCUUACUUAUUUGAAAGACAGAAACUGUAAGAAAGUAACUUGGCAAAAAACACUCGCGACGCGCGCACGAUCAAGUCGUGCACGGACGUGCUGUGUGGGUGGGUAAAUGUGGGAACAGGGGCAGUUGCAAAGCUAUUCGGGGUGGGCAGCUUGUCUUUAGGCUUUUAGCGUGUAUAUCUAACUGUGGUAGCUAACAGCUAUUCUUUUGUGUUUAUAUAAAUAUAUGUGUUUCCUGUUUUUUUUUCGUUUUUGUUCUUCUCUGUUGUAUUAUUUCCGGGAGGUAAUUGUAUGUAUUGGAUAAAUUGUAGAAGUUUAUGUAAAGUAAAUGCGCCGCGAGAAGUGAGUGAGAGAGUUGCGAUCAGUAAGAAGUAGUAGUAGUAGUAUGUUUUAGGAAAGAAGGUAUGCAAAGAUGUAACGUUUAAGUAGGGGAUUUGUUUUCUUUCCUGCCGCAGUCGGUGUCGGUGCCACACUCGGAAAGUAAGUGUAGUAGUACUAUCUUACGAUACAUAUAUAAAUAUGUAAGCACGCGACAAAAAGGAGGGUUAACAAACGUGACACAGAACAGGCUGCGGAUGCAACCGAACGAAUAAAGCAGACAGGACCGACCCUCUCUCUCCCCUCCCUUUGUUGUAGCGCGAACCAAGCGGGUGUUAUAGAGGGUAAAAUGUGAGCAAAAAACCUCCACAAAUCAGGAACGGUAGCAAAUUAGCAGGAAGGAUACGCAGGCUAAUGAUUAAGUUGUCGCACGGGUCGGGUGCACGUGUAUGCACACGUGUACACCGACACGAAAGUGACGAAUGAGCAAAGGAAGGAACAAGAAAGAGUAAAACCGACAAAGCAAAAGAAACGUAUAACAAACAAACAACAGAAACAAAACAUCUGCGCAAAGACUGUUUUCGACUUAUUUAUAAUAAAUAAUAAAACCACAAACAGCAAAAAGUAAAAACAAGAGAAAAAAAAGAAAACAAGUGAGUUAACUGAAAUGAACAGCAAGAAAUUG